AUGACUCCUGGAGAAUCCGCUCAAGGCUCUGCAGGGACGCCGCCAGCGACCAUAGGCGGGCCAAGGUCGCCGUGGGAAUUCUCUUCAUCGGCGGAAGCAACGCGGACGAGCGGGCACGGUGAGACGACACGGCGAGAUCACGCGGAGCAGGAAGAGGACGCGGCGGUUCAUACUGAGCCCACGGCAGCCCGCCACCAGCGCCUACGAAGCCCAUUCCCGCAGGCAGCGGCCGAUCUGAGCGCGCCGGGGAUCCGAAUGGAUUGUGAGGCAGGAGCGCGGAGAGAGGGACGACGGGAGCAGCGCGAGGAGCUGGGGGUGACGCCGACCCCGCACGUGAGCGACGAAGCUCCUUCUCCACGUCAUCAAGCCUAUCCAGAAGACGGCGCUCCAUUGCGGACGGCGCUGGACGCGCUUUUCCCCCGCGACCAUAACCUCCCUGCCGCCCGCGACGCCCCUGACCACUUGCGUCCGAACGCACAGGCGACUGCUGGCGAGACGAGCCCAGCUGACGCUGGCGUUCAGGGGAACGGACCACGCGACGAGGAGAGUCGAGCCGUGGACGCUUCGAGGGACGUGGCGAACGCGGAGGCGAUCGAGGACGGGACGACUGGCGUACGGGCGAACGGUGACGAGAAUGAGGGCGAGCGGGCGAACGGUGGCGGUGUGACCUGCGAUCACGCGAACGACUCCGUGACGCCACGCGACGAGGCGAACGCGGCGACCGCGGGCCAGCGUGAAGACCUUCCCUGCGGCUCUCCCGCCUAUCGCCGCGAAUCACAGAUGAACGUCGGCGAGGGGAAUGCUCCUGGUGCGCCACACCCACUCCGCCGUAGCGCUCGGCGGACGCCGCGUGAGCAGGCUCCGGCUGAGGCAGGGACCGGCCCCCGCGCGAGGUCAGAGCGCGCUGCUGAUCUUCGAAACGACGGCGGAUCCGAUCCGCAGACGCCGGCGGCGCGACAGGCACGCUCGCGGCAGGGCGCGCAGGAGGAAGCGGGCGGGGAGCUGGAUCGCUCUCCGCGGUUCGCCCCAAGGCAGGAGCUUCAAGGGAACUCAUCGGUACGUCGGGAAGAGGGCGCGCGGACACUCAGCGGCCGACAAGUCGGCGGAAGAACAGCAGGCCGCGGAAGGAGAGCUGCGGGACGCGGGGGGAGAGCACGUGGGGGUGGACCGGAAAACGUGUACCAGCAGGCGGGGAGGCGGGCUUUAAACGAGAUGAGCGGUGAUAAUGAAACCUCCACUUCAGACAGUAGCUUUGUAGCAGCCGAGUCCACUGACUCGACUUCCAGCUCUGAGUCCUUGGACGACGAGCAGCUUCAGACUCCUGCUCGAGCGGGCAGAGCAGCAGCAGCAGCAUCUCACAUGGCGGGGGGAGCUGCAGCAGUGAGAUCCAUUAGGAGGGGUCCCCCAACACCAACCCGAGCCGCAUCAGGCAACAUUCCCGAUGACAUUGGUGUCAUCGCUAGGGCAGAGGGGUUGGCACGACGUGGCAGCCUACGACGCGCCGUGAUGGCACUUGAAGCCACGCCAGUCAGCACCCCCUCUCCAACUGUGCUGGAGGCCCUGCGCGCCAAGCACCCACCUGCGCCCGCCUCCCCACCUGACUGGAACUUUCCAGAACCUGACCCUCACCUAUCGGCACCGUUUGCUGUCUUCUCCAAGGUGCUGGGAAGCUGCGAGAUGGGGGUGGGAGCGGGCCCCUCAGGAACAACUUUCGAACACUUACGCGAUGCAACGCUGAUCAACCACUCCGUUGGGAAACACCUGCACGCGCUAGUCAACACGAUAUUAACAGGAAAAUUACCACCUGCGGUGGCUGAGCUCCUCACCGCCUCAAGAUUGAUUGCCCUGAGCAAGCCCGAUGGGGGGACGCGACCAAUUGCCAUCGGCGAGAGCAUAACACGCCUGGCAGCUAAGACGGCGCUUACUUUGACUGCAGGGGCCGCUCGUGUAUUCUUCCUACCGCACCAGUUCGGCGUGGCAGUCCCUGCUGAUCUGGCGAACGCAUUUAACAGCGUUAACCGCAACGCCAUCAUCACAUCUCUUCGGGACUCCUCUCUCGCUUCACUUUUACCGUUAGUUAAACUGCUGUACGGCCUUCCUUCGGCUCUAUGUCUGGACGCUGGCUUCUCACACCCACCUCUGCUGAGCGAGACCGGGGUGCGGCAGGGAGAUCCCCUCGGCCCGUUGCUGUUCGCUGCCGCCAUACACCCAGCGCUGACGAAAACGGCGCUCAGCUUCCCCUCCGUGGUCUGUCUAGCCUAUGCGGACGACGUAACUUUUCUUGGGGAUGCAGCCAUGUGCGCGGCGGCAUUUGAGGACUUCACAGGAAACCUCGGGGAGAUCGGGCUGCGCCACAACCCAGCCAAGUGCGCGGCCUGGUCUCAGGCUGGCCAGCAGGGAGCAGCGCUUCCAGUGGGCGUACCUUUCACAGAAGAUGGGGUGAAGGUGCUUGGCAGCUUCAUCGGUGGCAGCGACGCAACCGCCGCGUUCCUACGUGCCAGCCUCGACACCAUGGGAGUGCCGCUGCCCUUAAUCGCGCGGAUGGAGCCGCAGCUGGCUUCCCUCCUGCUCUCACGGUGCAUCUCACGGCGGAUCGCUUACGUCGCCCGCACCACGCCGCUUUCGGCCCUGCCAGUCGAGGAGUGGUCAGACUGGGGUAAAAAGCUGUUUGAGACGUUGCUGACUGCCUGCGGCAUUCGCCACCCACGGGGGGAGGCCGAGAUUUCACGUACCUGGGCGCAAGCGUCACUCCCCAUCUCGCUCGGUGGUUUGGGACUCACAGACCCUUCGGUGGAGGGUCGUGUUGGGUUCCUUGCAAGCUACACGCAAGCGCAGCACCUGCUCACCUCCAUUGAUGAGUCGGCCGUCGGCGCCUUGGCGGAAACGCGGAUCCAGAUGAGGGUGAAGGAGGGUAGGUAG